AUGGGUCUCACAAAUUCCAAAUCAAAUAAUAAUACUUAUAACAAAGCUUCGUUUGAUAUAAGUACGAAAAAAGAGCUUUUUAAGUACGCGAAUGGACGAAGGUUUCAUAAUGAUGAAAAUUCUAAAUACUUUUUACCAAAUGAUGAUGAAGAAGGCAAUUAUUCGUCUCCUGUUAGUGACUUACUAGAUCGGGGUGGUGCCAAAGUUCUAGAUACGGACUAUCCAAGAGUAUCAUUUACUGGCAUAGACAUAUCCCCAAUCUAUCCUUCUGAAAUAAAACCUUGCAAUUUAACAUUUCGUAAUGCAAACAUAUUAGAAGGAUUACCAUUCCCUGAUAAUCAUUUUGAUUUUGUAUAUAUGAGAUUCCUGUUAACCGCUUUUACCGAAGACGAAUGGCAAAAUAAAGUUAUUCAAGAAUUAUGUAGAGUUGUUAAACCGGGUGGUUAUCUUGAAAUUAUGGAAGGUGAUAUGGUACUUAAUCCGGAAGGUGAUUGUGGAAAAAUUUUAAUGAAUGCUUUUCGUUCAACAUUAUUAUCAAAAUCCAUAAAUCCAAGAAUUUGUUCAAAACUUAUGUCAACCCUAUCAACCCAUCAAUCAUUAACAAAUUUUGUAUGUGAAGAAAGAUUAUGUCCGGUGGGUACUUGGGCUGGUCGUGUCGGUGAAGGCAUAUGUCAAGAUUUUUGCUCUACUCUAUACACGUUACGUUGCGUUCUUAGCGACGUAUUGGAAUCUGAGGGUAUUAUUGGGGAGAAAGGUGAAAAAUUUGCUUAUGAUGAUUUGGUAAAAGGGUUUGUUGAUGAGUGCAAUGAGUUCAAAGCAAAUUUUAGGCACU